UGGGAGUGGAGCUCAUUCCAGAUAUAGAACAUGCAACAAUCCCUCCCCUGCCAAUGGCGGUGCAUCGUGUAAAGGAUUAGACACGGAAUAUUCUAUGUGCUGGAGCGGAGAAUGUCCUGUUCACGGCGGAUGGAAUGAAUGGUCAAAGUUUAGUGCAUGUCCUGAAACUUGCGGAGGUGGCACGAACACACGGACGAGAACAUGUGAUAAUCCUACACCAGCACAUGGAGGAAAUAAUUGCGUGGGUGCGAGCAUUGAAAAUGGAGUUUGCAAUACUCAGGCUUGUCCAGAUUAUUGCGGAUCCAAACCUUGUGAAAAUGGGGCGUCAUGUGCAAAUAUUCACUAUGGCUAUAAGUGCACUUGUAUUGAAGGAUUCCAAGGAAAUAACUGUGAAAUAGAUAUUGAUGAUUGUAUCUCUGUUGACUGUCUUCAUGGUGGAAACUGUUUAGAUAAAGUUAAUGAUUACAUGUGUGAAUGUGUUUCAGGAUACGUUGGUCAUCAUUGUGAACUAGAUAUAUUUCUUAACGAUGAUAUUUCCUUAAGUAAAAAGGCAGCCACAAAAUUUUUAGUUCGUCGUAAAAGGGGCUGGUGGUCGAACGCGGCUGAAGAAUGUAGAGAGGGUUGUUCCUGGGAAGAAUGUGAGGAGAAUUCGUCUUCUAGAGAAGGAGGCAGAGAAAUCAUGAAGCAAUAUAAAUGCAGAUCGUAUACCUGUUCUUCAGGGUGUACAAAUACCAAUUCUAACUACGGACAUAUCAAUUAUCUUACUGUUGGAUGUAUCGUUCACGGAGGAUGGUCUUCAUGGGGAAGUUGGUCUUCUUGUACGAAAUCAUGUGGGAGUGGAACUAGGUAUCAUACACGAUCAUGUAGUAAUCCUAGUCCGAAAAAUGGGGGAAAUUACUGCUCUGGUAGCACAUCGGCCUACGCCUCCUGCAAUACACAUGCCUGUCCAAUUAAUGGAGGUUGGUCGUCGUAUGGGAGUUAUGGAUCUUGUUCUAAAAGUUGUGGAACCGGCUAUAAAUAUAGCUACAGAUACUGCAAUAAUCCAUCACCAGCUCAUGGCGGGAAUUCUUGUUCGGGUAGUUCUGUCACAAGUAGUACCUGUAACACCCAGGCAUGUCCAGUCAAUGGCGUAUGGAGUGAAUGGUCUCAGUAUAGUUCAUGUCCAGUGACUUGUGGAGGCGGUACAAAUACCCGGACAAGAGCAUGCGACAAUCCAGCUCCUGCUCACGGAGGAAAAGAUUGUGUUGGUACCACAAGUGAAAACGGAGCAUGUAAUACUCUAGCCUGUCCAAAUUACUGUGGGACUGGCCCUUGUCGAAACGGAUUUUGUGCGAAUAUUCACUAUGGUUACAAAUGCACAUGUUUUAUAGGAUUCGAAGGCACUAAUUGUGAAACAAAUAUUGAUGAUUGUGUCUCUGUGGAUUGUCAACACGGUGGAAAGUGUAUAGAUCAAGUGAAUGCUUACAGUUGUGAAUGUGUUCCAGGAUACGCUGGCCGUCAUUGUGAACUAGAUAAUGAUGAAUGUGCGUCUGGACCCUGUGUUAAUGGAGGUAGCUGUACAGAUGAGGUGAAUGGAUACACUUGCACAUGUGCUCUAGGUUAUAAUGGUGUUCACUGUGAAAGAGAUAUUGAUGAAUGUGCGUCUGGACCUUGUGAUAAUGGGGGUAGAUGUACUGACGAAGUGAAUGGAUACACCUGCACAUGUGCUCCAGGUUAUAAUGGAGUUCACUGUGAAAGAGAUAUCAAUGAAUGUGCAUCUGGACCAUGUGAACACGGAGGUAGCUGUUCAGAUACUGUGAAUGGAUACACAUGUUCAUGUGUUCCCGGUUAUGACGGAGUGCAUUGUGAAAUCAAUAUCAAUGAAUGUGCAUCUGGACCAUGUGAACACGGAGGUAGCUGUACAGAUAAUGUGAAUGGAUACACAUGUGCAUGUGUCCCCGGAUAUGACGGAGUUCAUUGUGAAAUAAAUAUAGACGAAUGUGGUCCAAAGCCAUGUCAAAAUGGAGGUACCUGUAGUGAUGGAGUUAAGGAAUACACCUGCAUAUGUGCCGCAGGAUACACAGACAAAAACUGUCAAACAAAUAUUGAUGAAUGCGCGUCUGGACCCUGUGAUAACGGAGGUAGUUGUACAGAUGAAGUGAAUGGAUACACCUGCUCAUGUGCUCCAGGUUAUAAUGGUGGUCACUGUGAAAGAGAUAUCAAUGAAUGUGCAUCUGGACCAUGUGAACACGGAGGUAGCUGUACUGAUAAUGUGAAUGGAUACACAUGUUCAUGUGUCCCCGGAUAUGACGGAGUUCAUUGUGAAAUAAAUAUAAAUGAAUGUGCAUCUGGACCAUGUGAACACGGAGGUAGCUGUACUGAUGAGGUGAAUGGAUACAUCUGUACAUGUGCUCCAGGUUAUAAUGGAGUUCACUGUGAAAGAGAUAUCAAUGAAUGUGCAUCUGCACCAUGUGAACACGGAGGUAGCUGUACAGAUAAUGUGAAUGGAUACACAUGUUCAUGUGUCCCCGGAUAUGACGGAGUUCAUUGUGAAAUAAAUAUAGACGAGUGUGCUCCAAAGCCAUGUCAGAAUGGAGGUACCUGUACUGAUGGAAUAAACGAAUACACCUGCACAUGUGCCGCUGGAUAUACAGACAAUAACUGUCAAACAAAUAUUGAUGAAUGUGCGUCUGGACCUUGUGAUAAUGGAGGAAGCUGUACAGAUGAGGUAAAUGGAUACACCUGCACGUGUGCUCCAGGUUAUAAUGGAGUUCACUGUGAAAUAGAUAUAAAUGAAUGUGCAUCUGGACCAUGUGAACAUGGAGGUAGCUGUACUGAUGAAGUGAAUGGAUACACCUGUGCAUGUGCUCCAGGUUAUAAUGGAGUUCACUGUGAAAGAGAUAUCAAUGAAUGUGCAUCUGGACCAUGUGAACACGGAGGUAGCUGUACAGAUAAUGUGAAUGGAUACACAUGUGCAUGUUUCCCCGGAUAUGACGGAGUUCAUUGUGAAAUAAAUAUAGACGAAUGUGCUCCGAAGCCAUGUCAGAAUGGAGGUACCUGUACUGAUGGAAUAAACGAAUACACCUGCACAUGUGCCGCUGGUUAUACAGACAAUAACUGUCAAACAAAUAUUGAUGAAUGUACGUCUGGACCUUGUGAUAAUGGAGGAGGCUGUACAGAUGAGGUAAAUGGAUACACCUGCACAUGUGCUCCAGGUUAUAAUGGAGUUCACUGUGAAAUAGAUAUAAAUGAAUGUGCAUCUGGACCAUGUGAACACGGAGGUAGCUGUACUGAUGAAGUGAAUGGAUACACCUGUACAUGUGCUCCGGGUUAUAAUGGUGUUCAUUGUGAAAGAGAUAUCAAUGAAUGUGCAUCUGGACCAUGUGAACACGGAGGUAGCUGUACAGAUAAUGUGAAUGGAUACACAUGUGCAUGUGUCCCCGGAUAUGACGGAGUUCAUUGUGAAAUAAAUAUAGACGAAUGUGCUCCAAAGCCAUGUCAGAAUGGAGGUACCUGUACUGAUGGAAUAAACGAAUACACCUGCACAUGUGCCGCUGGUUAUACAGACAAUAACUGUCAAACAAAUAUUGAUGAAUGUGCGUCUGGACCCUGUGAUAAUGGAGGUAGCUGUACAGAUGAGGUGAAUGGAUACACCUGCACAUGUGCUCCAGGUUAUAAUGGAGUUCACUGUGAAAUAGAUAUAAAUGAAUGUGCAUCUGGACCAUGUGAACACGGAGGUAGCUGUACUGAUGAAGUGAAUGGAUACACCUGUACAUGUGCUCCAGGUUAUAAUGGAGUUCACUGUGAAAGAGAUAUCAAUGAAUGUGCAUCUGGACCAUGUAAACACGGAGGUAGCUGUACAGAUAACGUGAAUGGAUACACAUGUGCAUGUGUCCCCGGAUAUGACGGAGUUCAUUGUGAAAUAAAUAUAGACGAAUGUGCUCCAAAGCCAUGUCAGAAUGGAGGUACCUGUACUGAUGGAAUAAACGAAUACACCUGCUUAUGUGCCGCUGGAUAUACAGACAAUAACUGUCAAACAAAUAUUGAUGAAUGUGCGUCUGCACCUUGUGAUAAUGGAGCUAGCUGUACAGAUGAGGUGAAUGGAUACACCUGCACAUGUGCUCCAGGUUAUAAUGGAGUUUAUUGUGAAAUAGAUAUAAAUGAAUGUGCAUCUGGACCAUGUGAACACGGAGGUAGCUGUAGUGAUGAAGUGAAUGGAUACACCUGUACAUGUGCUCCAGGUUAUAAUGGAGUUCACUGUGAAAGAGAUAUCAAUGAAUGUGCAUCUGGACCAUGUGAACACGGAGGUAGCUGUACAGAUAACGUGAAUGGAUACACAUGUGCAUGUGUCCCCGGAUAUGACGGAGUUCAUUGUGAAAUAAAUAUAGACGAAUGUGCUCCAAAGCCAUGUGAGAAUGGAGGUACCUGUACUGAUGGAAUAAACGAAUACACCUGCACAUGUGCCGCUGGAUAUACAGACAAUAACUGUCAAACAAAUAUUGAUGAAUGUGCGUCUGCACCUUGUGAUAAUGGAGCUAGCUGUACAGAUGAGGUGAAUGGAUACACCUGCACAUGUGCUCCAGGUUAUAAUGGAGUUCAUUGUGAAAUAGAUAUAAAUGAAUGUGCAUCUGGACCAUGUGAACACGGAGGUAGCUGUACUGAUGAAGUGAAUGGAUACACCUGUACAUGUGCUCCAGGUUAUAAUGGAGUUCACUGUGAAAGAGAUAUCAAUGAAUGUGCAUCUGGACCAUGUGAACACGGAGGUAGCUGUACAGAUAACGUGAAUGGAUACACAUGUGCAUGUGUCCCCGGAUAUGACGGAGUUCAUUGUGAAAUAAAUAUAGACGAAUGUGCUCCAAAGCCAUGUCAGAAUGGAGGUACCUGUACUGAUGGAAUAAACGAAUACACCUGCACAUGUGCCGCUGGAUAUACAGACAAUAACUGUCAAACAAAUAUUGAUGAAUGUGCGUCUGCACCUUGUGAUAAUGGAGCUAGCUGUACAGAUGAGGUGAAUGGAUACACCUGCACAUGUGCUCCAGGUUAUAAUGGAGUUCAUUGUGAAAUAGAUAUAAAUGAAUGUGCAUCUGGACCAUGUGAACACGGAGGUAGCUGUACUGAUGAAGUGAAUGGAUACACCUGUACAUGUGCUCCAGGUUAUAAUGGAGUUCACUGUGAAAGAGAUAUCAAUGAAUGUGCAUCUGGACCAUGUGAACACGGAGGUAGCUGUACAGAUAACGUGAAUGGAUACACAUGUGCAUGUGUCCCCGGAUAUGACGGAGUUCAUUGUGAAAUAAAUAUAGACGAAUGUGCUCCAAAGCCAUGUCAGAAUGGAGGUACCUGUACUGAUGGAAUAAACGAAUACACCUGCACAUGUGCCGCUGGAUAUACAGACAAUAACUGUCAAACAAAUAUUGAUGAAUGUGCGUCUGCACCUUGUGAUAAUGGAGCUAGCUGUACAGAUGAGGUGAAUGGAUACACCUGCACAUGUGCUCCAGGUUAUAAUGGAGUUCAUUGUGAAAUAGAUAUAAAUGAAUGUGCAUCUGGACCAUGUGAACACGGAGGUAGCUGUACUGAUGAAGUGAAUGGAUACACCUGCACAUGUGCUCCAGGUUAUAAUGGAGUUCACUGUGAAAGAGAUAUCAAUGAAUGUGCAUCUGGACCAUGUGAACACGGAGGUAGCUGUACAGAUAACGUGAAUGGAUACACAUGUGCAUGUGUCCCCGGAUAUGACGGAGUUCAUUGUGAAAUAAAUAUAGACGAAUGUGCUCCAAAGCCAUGUGAGAAUGGAGGUACCUGUACUGAUGGAAUAAACGAAUACACCUGCACAUGUGCCGCUGGAUAUACAGACAAUAACUGUCAAACAAAUAUUGAUGAAUGUGCGUCUGCACCUUGUGAUAAUGGAGGUAGCUGUACAGAUGAGGUGAAUGGAUACACCUGCACAUGUGCUCCAGGUUAUAAUGGAGUUCAUUGUGAAAUAGAUAUAAAUGAAUGUGCAUCUGGACCAUGUGCACACGGAGGUAGCUGUACUGAUGAAGUGAAUGGAUACACCUGCACAUGUGCUCCAGGUUAUAAUGGAGUUCACUGUGAAAGAGAUAUCAAUGAAUGUGCAUCUGGACCAUGUGAACACGGAGGUAGCUGUACAGAUAACGUGAAUGGAUACACAUGUGCAUGUGUCCCCGGAUAUGACGGAGUUCAUUGUGAAAUAAAUAUAGACGAAUGUGCUCCAAAGCCAUGUCAGAAUGGAGGUACCUGUACUGAUGGAAUAAACGAAUACACCUGCACAUGUGCCGCAGGAUAUACAGACAAUAACUGUCAAACAAAUAUUGAUGAAUGUGCGUCUGCACCUUGUAAUAAUGGAGCUAGCUGUACAGAUGAGGUGAAUGGAUACACCUGCACAUGUGUUCCAGGUUAUAAUGGAGUUCAUUGUGAAAUAGAUAUAAAUGAAUGUGCAUCUGGACCAUGUGAACACGGAGGUAGCUGUACUGAUGAAGUGAAUGGAUACACCUGUACAUGUGCUCCAGGUUAUAAUGGAGUUCACUGUGAAAGAGAUAUCAAUGAAUGUGCAUCUGGACCAUGUGAACACGGAGGUAGCUGUACAGAUAACGUGAAUGGAUACACAUGUGCAUGUGUCCCCGGAUAUGACGGAGUUCAUUGUGAAAUAAAUAUAGACGAAUGUGCUCCAAAGCCAUGUCAGAAUGGAGGUACCUGUACUGAUGGAAUAAACGAAUACACCUGCACAUGUGCCGCUGGAUAUACAGACAAUAACUGUCAAACAAAUAUUGAUGAAUGUGCGUCUGCACCUUGUGAUAAUGGAGGUAGCUGUACAGAUGAGGUGAAUGGAUACACCUGCACAUGUGCUCCAGGUUAUAAUGGAGUUCAUUGUGAAAUAGAUAUAAAUGAAUGUGCAUCUGGACCAUGUGAACAUGGAGGUAGCUGUACUGAUGAAGUGAAUGGAUACACCUGUACAUGUGCUCCAGGUUAUAAUGGAGUUCACUGUGAAAGAGAUAUCAAUGAAUGUGCAUCUGGACCAUGUGAACACGGAGGUAGCUGUACAGAUAACGUGAAUGGAUACACAUGUGCAUGUGUCCCCGGAUAUGACGGAGUUCAUUGUGAAAUAAAUAUAGACGAAUGUGCUCCAAAGCCAUGUCAGAAUGGAGGUACCUGUACUGAUGCAAUAAACGAAUACACCUGCACAUGUGCCGCUGGAUAUACAGACAAUAACUGUCAAACAAAUAUUGAUGAAUGUGCGUCUGCACCUUGUGAUAAUGGAGGUAGCUGUACAGAUGAGGUGAAUGGAUACACCUGCACAUGUGCUCCAGGUUAUAAUGGAGUUCAUUGUGAAAUAGACAUAAAUGAAUGUGCAUCUGGACCAUGUGAACAUGGAGGUAGCUGUAAUGAUGAAGUGAAUGGAUACACCUGUACAUGUGCUCCAGGUUAUAAUGGAGUUCACUGUGAAAGAGAUAUCAAUGAAUGUGCAUCUGGCCCAUGUGAAAACGGAGGUAGUUGUACAGAUAAUGUGAAUGGAUACACAUGUGCAUGUGUCCCCGGAUAUGACGGAGUUCAUUGUGAAAUAAAUAUUGAUGAAUGUGCGUCUGCACCUUGUAAUAAUGAAGGUAGUUGUACUGAUGAAGUAAAUGGAUACACCUGCACAUGUGCUCCAGGUUAUAAUGGAGUUCACUGUGAAAUAGAUAUAAACGAAUGUGCAUCUGCACCAUGUGAACACGGAGGUAGCUGUACAGAUAAUGUGAAUGGAUACACGUGUUCGUGUGUUCCCGGAUAUGACGGAGUUCAUUGUGAAAUAAACAUUGACGAGUGUGAACACAUUCCCUGUAAAAAUGGAGGGAGUUGUACAGAUGGAACAAAUGAAUAUAGUUGCGCAUGUGUUCCCGGGUAUGAUGGGAGUGACUGUGAAAUAAAUGAGAAUAAAAUUAAUAUAAAUGAUAAUAGCUGUUUGACUGGGAAAAAAGACCAACAAUCAGAGUAUAACAAUUUACAUAAAACAUCAUUAUCUUUUGUUCAUAUCAUUGCAGAUAUUAACGAGUGUGAAUCUGAUCCUUGUAAUAAUGGAGGUACAUGUAAUGAUGAAGUUAAUGGGUACAGUUGUGAAUGUGCUCCAGGAUAUACGGACGACACCUGCCAAACAGAUAUUGACGAAUGUGCACCGUUACCAUGUGAGAAUGAUGGGAGCUGUGAAGACAGAGUAAAUGGAUACCAUUGUUCAUGUGUUGGUCAAUUUUAUGGAGAAAACUGUCAAAACCAUGAUGGUGGAUGGUCUAUAUGGAGUGAGUUUUCGGUAUGUUCGACAACUUGUGGUAGUGGUAUACAGAUUUCAACGAGAGAUUGUUCCAGCCCAGAACCAAUUGGUGGUGGUAAAAACUGUGAAGGAGAACAAUACAAGACUCAAACAUGUUCUAAUGAAGCAGAGUGUGCAGAGUCUCCAUUCGUCAACUCAGAUUUCUGCAGUGGCAAAGCUGACGGCUUCUAUUCCAACCAAUUGACAUGUGAUGCGUAUUAUGUUUGCCGCAAUGGUAUUACAUCUCCAAUGUUCUGUGAUCAUGGUUUACACUGGGACCAGACAAACAAAGUAUGCAACCACCCAGACAACGCUGGUUGUACUGUUAAUGAACAAAGUGAUGACACAAGAUCUGGGUAUACUUCUGACAUGUGCAUUGCAAAGAACGAAGGAGAUUUUGUUGCGGAUCCAUAUGACUGCUCAAUAUAUUACCGCUGUGUUCAUGGAGCCGCCGUGCAGAUGAAUUGUGUUGAAGGACUGCAUUGGUCGGUUACUCUUUCAACAUGUGCUUACCCAGCAGAUGCUAAUUGUACUCCGAUGUCAGUUGAUGGUGGAUGGACUGAUUGGAGUUGGAGUAAAUGUUCAGUGUCAUGUGGGAGUGGGACACAAACAGGGAGCAGAUCUUGUACAAACCCAGCACCACUGCAUGGGGGAAAUGCAUGUGUUGGGGAAACAACAAAAGUUCAGGAGUGUAAUUCUUACCUCUGCCAAGAUGGCCAAUGCUUGACUGUGAGAUGUGAUAGCUGGCAGUAUGCUAGACAUGAAUGCGAAGUUACAGGCCUGACAUCUAAUAGCUUGUUGUACAGUAUGACGCUCUUAAAACAAUACUCUCCUAUUUCGGACGGUGAAUGCACAGAUGGUUAUUCGUUUGGAUAUAACACAACAGGAGUGUGGGUAGAUGAAGGAUGUCGGGCAGAUUUCAGUGUUUGUUUUAUACCAGAGUAUAAUGACUGUGGUUCCGAUCCCUGCCAGAAUGGUGCCUCUUGUGAGGAUGGACCUGGAACAUAUACAUGUACAUGUGAGGGAUACUUUAGUGGAAUCAAUUGUGAACAUCGAAUUGAAUGUCCUGAACCAGAAGAUGUCGGAAAUGCUACAAUGAACAUGACUGGAAUUUCUCCAACUGAUACCGUUAGUUAUACCUGUGAUGAGUAUUACAAACGUAAAGACGGUGAUAUGUACAGGGUUUGUCAAAUUAAUGGAGAAUGGAAUGGAACACUUCCAUCAUGUGAACUGAUUGAUUGCGGCAGACCCGAAGAACAUUCCACCACGCAAUUGCAAUUGUUUGAAACAGGUCCAGGACAGAUCGCCACCUACGUCUGCAAAGAAGAGUCACCGGUCCUCGCUACAGGCAAUCUGACUAGAACAUGUCUAAUGAUUGGUGAAUGGGACGGCCAUACACCUGAAUGUAUGAUGCAUCCAGGUGCCCUCCAGUCAAAGGCUUCGAGAAUUAAUUUCUCCUGGAUUAUGCUGAACACUAUCAUAUUAAUAGGAGUAGCUAUGCACAUUGCCAAUUAACAGGAUGUUUAUACGAUUGGUGUGAAUAUACAGUAUUAACUUUGACAAUAUGGCAAACAAAUUGAGUGUUUGUACAUUGUAUUUCAUACUAUUAUUUUCUAUUAACAAAAUUAAAAUUUAUCAUUUACGUACGUCCUACUAACUCUUGAAAUAUAAUCUUAGUAUUCCUUUUAAUUACAUGUUUUACAGUUUUAUUUGUUUUAUUGUUUUUUCAUUGAUGUGACGUUUUAGAUUUAUAUCAUUGUAUACUUUUUAAUUUUAACUUAUAUGGUAUAUGGUUGUAUUGUGUGUAGCAGAUCAUACUUUUAAGACAAGAUUUUAGUUCUUGUACAUAUGAAUAUUUGCAUAUUAAUACGAUUAUGAUUCCCUUUAUAAUUAGAGGGAUAAUUAAUUAGAUUAACCAGGUUUGUUUCUCCUGCUGGAAAUCAUGGAAGAUCCACUUAUUCUGUUAUCCUGUAUUUUAGUCUGUGAUAAAUGCAUCUUAGAUUUUGUUAAAUUUAUAGACCAAUAAAAUAUGUUUACUCACA